AUGAGUCAAGAGCUUGACCAGAAGAUCCAGGAGACAUGGAAACACAUUCAGACGGAGCGAAAGAUAUUGGAGGCGACCCAACUUCUUCGUCAGGCCACUUCAAACCAAGAUGUACUCCGGCGUAACGAAGCUAAGAUUCGGGAGACCGAACGCUCUCUUGCAUAUUUUGAAGAUACGCUCCGUGAACUCCAAGCCCGCAAGGCCCAGCGCGGAGAUCCUUCACGACCAUCUGGUCCCCCAGGGCCUCAGGUUCCGCCCAAAGAAUACGACCCAUCUGCCAGAGGGAGAUAUUCAGGCUCUCCAGAAGCCGGUUACUCCGGAGCUCGUCCAGACCAAAGCGGUGCACCGAGGGCAAAGCAAUAUACCAACCUGGAUUUAAUCAAGGCGGACACACCAUUCACGCCGAAGAAGAUCUCCAAAAUGCUCCAUCAACUCGAAUUCAAACAUCAAGUCGAGAUGCAGUAUAAAAAGGGGAUCGAUAAGAUGGCAAAGCUCUACCAAGCUGACGGUGACAAGAAGUCGAAAGCUGAUGCAGAGGCGAAAAGGGUGGAAAGUGACAAGAAGAUCCAACUUCUCGAAUCGGCGCUCAAGCGAUACAAGAACUUACACAUAUUAGACGACGUUGUUGAAGACGAUGACGGCGACAACACGGGGAACGAUGGGGAGCGCAAAGACAAACUACGCUCCAAGCCGCUUUCGGGUACAUUGUACGUAACGGUCAAAGGCGCCCGAGAGUUGGAUCAUGCACUGGUCGUAUCAUCGCGCUCUCGUUCCGCAUCCAAGGUGGUCGAAACGCACGUGUCUAUCAAGGUGGAGGGUACACAGCUGGCCAAGUCCCAUCCAUCACGUACGGACCGAUGGAAUGAAGAUUUCGAAAUUCCUGUUGACAAAGCCAAUGAAAUCGAAAUUGUCGUCUACGACAAGCAAGUCAGCGAACCGCAUGCCAUUCCUAUUGGCUUGCUCUGGAUACGGAUCACUGAUCUAGUCGAUGCCCUCAGGCGCCAGAAGGUUGGGAUGGAAGGACAAGGCGGGUGGGUGACAGCUGGGGCCAUGCCUGGAGAUAGUCCAACAGCGAUCCAUAUGCAUUCUCAAUCAGGCGACAUGAAUGUCCCUCUAGGGUACGGAAGUGUCCCAGGCGGUCUUCCAGGCUCCGGUUUCUCUGGCACAGGCUCGGACGGCAUCGACGCUUGGUUUGCCGUAGAGCCUGCUGGUGCCAUUGCAUUGCAGCUGAAUUUCGUUAAGGAGAAUGUUCGUAAGCGCCCUCUAGAUGGCCCUCUGGGUGGUCUUGGGCGACAAGGAGCUGUUAGGAAACGCAAGGGCGAAGUCCAUGUCAUGAACGGUCACAAAUUUGUUCAGCGGCAGUUCUAUCAACUCAUGCUAUGCGCAUUCUGCAAUGAUUUCCUGCUCAAUGCACUCGGAUACCAGUGUGAAGAUUGUCGAUAUACGUGCCACAAGAAGUGUUACGAAAAGGUCGUCACCAAAUGUAUAUCAAAGUCGAACGCUGGGGAGGGCGAUGAAGAAAAAAUUAAUCACCGGAUUCCGCACCGCUUCGAACCUCUUACCAACAUUGGCGCCAACUGGUGUUGUCACUGUGGUUACAUGUUGCCUCUGGGCCGCAAGAAUGCCCGCAAAUGUUCCGAGUGCGACAUUACCUGCCAUGCUAACUGUGCUCACCUCGUGCCUGACUUCUGCGGGAUGUCGAUGGAGACUGCCAAUGAACUUCUGCGAAAUUGGCGCGACAUCAACAAAGCUAAAAGUGACAGAGCUGCGAGACCAGCGCCGCGACAAUAUUCAGAAACACAUACGACAUCACCGUCUCUGGAUGCAGGCAUGGGGGCUAUGAAAUUAGGGGGACCAGAGUCAGCUCCUCCUACAGUCGAUUCUUAUGGACGGCCCUCUUCUGUCCCUCCUCAAUCUGAUCGAUUCCCUCAAGAUCCUCGGUACUACCAGCAACAGCAGCAAUUGCCUCCAGGCCCGCCAUAUGGCCCUCAGCAAGGAGGGCGACCUCCAGGAGCGAGAGUUCCUGUUCCUCCUGGUUAUCCCCAGGAUCCACUGCAAGGCCGAGUCUCAGGUGCAUACGAUGUCGGCCCACUUGGACCAGCACCCGUAGAUGGAGGUUACGUUCCGGUCGCUGGAUAUCCCUCACCUCGGCCUGCUCAGCAGCAGGCUAGUCCCAUGCAACCCAAACCGAUGCUUCCAACUCAGCAACGUCCCAUGGACCGCCCAGGCUCUGUGCCCAUCCCGCCGCCUCACUCGCAACAACGGCCACCGCAACAGCAACCACCUCCAAGACAGGCUACACGGAAGAGAAAGGUUGGGUUGGAUGAUUUCAAUUUCCUUGCUGUCCUUGGAAAGGGAAAUUUCGGCAAGGUCAUGUUGGCGGAAGAGAAGAAGACCAAUGGCCUUUAUGCCAUUAAAGUAUUGAAGAAAGAGUUCAUCAUCGACAACGACGAAGUGGAGAGUACUCGCUCGGAAAAACGCGUGUUCCUUGCAGCAGCUAGAGAGCGGCACCCGUUCCUCCUCGGGCUACAUUCCUGCUUCCAAACAGAGACGCGCGUCUAUUUCGUCAUGGAGUAUGUAAGCGGUGGCGAUUUGAUGUUGCACAUCCAGCGCAAGCAAUUCUCUUUGCGACAGGCCAAGUUCUACGCCUCAGAAGUCCUUUUGGCCUUGGAAUAUUUUCAUGCUAACGGCAUUAUUUACCGGGACUUGAAACUCGACAAUAUCCUCCUCACCCUAGACGGACACGUCAAAGUCGCUGAUUACGGCCUAUGCAAAGAGGAGAUGUGGUACGGUCAAACUACAAGUACUUUCUGCGGUACACCGGAGUUCAUGGCCCCGGAGAUUCUCCUUGAACAACGUUAUGGACGCGCCGUCGACUGGUGGGCUUUCGGCGUGUUGACUUACGAAAUGCUACUGGGUCAAUCCCCCUUCCGUGGAGACGACGAAGACGAAAUUUUCGAUGCCAUCCUCGAAGACGAACCUCUGUAUCCCAUCACCAUGCCCAGAGAUGCCGUUUCUAUCCUCCAAAAACUGCUCACAAGAGAUCCUGCUCGUCGCCUGGGGUCAGGGAAGGAGGACGCCGAAGAAAUCAAACGACAGCCAUUUUUUAAGGAUGUGAACUGGGACGAUGUCUUGAACAAGCGGAUACCUCCUCCAUACUUCCCGACUAUUAACGGCAGCGCGGAUACGAGUAAUUUCGAUGAAGAAUUUACACGUGAGCAGCCGACUUUGACCCCUGUCCAUGGCCAAUUGUCCUCUCGCGACCAAGCGGAAUUCAACGGAUUCUCUUGGGUGAGCACAUUCUAA